UUCUCUUGUGUUGCAAUGUAUAUGUGACCUUCAACCCUUGUUCCUUCCCUUCCGUCUUGGCUAAUGGUGACCGCAUUCUACUGAAUGUGAUCAUUCUUUUAAAAUUAAUCAAACAUGCGCAUUUGGAAUUCCGAACACACAUUCAAUCACAACUGGGAGACAGUAGUGACAGCAGCAUGGAGAAAGUACCCCAACCCACACAAUCCUUCAGUCAUAGGCCUAGAUGUAUUAGAUAGAAGUGUAGAUGAAGAAGGAAGGCUUAAAUCCCAUCGGCUUAUGUCAACAUCCUGGGGAAUUCCUCAUUGGGUAGCUAAGGUCAUAGGCAUUCAUGAAACUUGUUUUGCAAGUGAACAUUCCACUGUAGAUCCUCGUACAAAGACUUUCACAUUAAAAAGUAGAAAUGUAACUUUAGCCAAUGUUUUAAGAGUUGAUGAACACCUAGUCUACACCCAACAUCCCACAGAUCCAACUAAAACACUGUUGAGACAAGAGGCAGUUAUAUCAGUCUCAGGUCUACCAUGGUGUAGCAAGUUAGAACAGAUGGUUACUGAUGCCAUGUCAACAAAUGCUAGCAAAGGACGUCAAGCAAUGGAACAUGUUAUUGAAAAACUAAAGAAGGAAGCCAGAGACUUUUCCAUCGAGGCACAGAAAUGCAUGGAUACUGUUUUACCAAAAACAUUAUGAUACUAGUAGUUUUAGCUAAUAUUUAGACAUUAAAUAAUUUUUGUUCAAGGACAUUUGUGAAAUACCACCAAAAAACUAAAUUAAUCAAAUAUCAAGGCAAAUCUGUGUUGUAUUUAUGAAGAUAGUGACUGAUAUUAGUUGUAAAAAAAAACAAAAGAAUAGAAAUGUUCUCACUUUCAUAUUAAUAUCAUAAACAGCUCGGUCAUUUAAACUAGAGGACCAACUUCAUUAGGUUGUAAUUUUAACAAUCGUAUUUCACUCUUUUUAAACCUAUUGUAGUUUGUUCCUCGAUUCAUGGCAUCUCAGAGAGGAAUACAUGUAUAACCAAUCUUAUCUCACACUUGAUAAGCCUAUUUUAGUUUGUGUCUGCAGUCAUGACAACUCUAGGUUGACUAAAGAAGUGUUACAUUUUUAUACAGGCUAGCUUCACUUUGUUGAUUGUUCUGUUGAUUGCAUAAUCAUUUUGUAAAGAUUGCUGAAUCUCUAAAUUAUUUAGUUGGCCCCAUUCAGAUCCCUGUUGCUGUGUCUUUUUUUGUGUUUAAGCCCAACUAUUAGAAAAGAAAUUAAUGAGUGGCUUGGUAUAAAUAAUGUUAUUAACAAGAACGCUGUAGAGCUUGUGAAGUAGACGAAUGACAUUUUCUGACUCACAACUCUAAAUUCAUUCUUUUUGAGUUAUUAAAAACUUUAUAAUGAUACAUUUUAAAAUAUUUUUUUUUAUACUGGUAGCCAUUUUUUGUUCAGGUCUGUUAGGUAUGUUUAGUAUUAUCUUUAAUUGAAUUUUUUAAAAUUAUCAUGACACAGUUACUGUAAGUUAAACGUUGAACAAAUUGUUUACUUUAAAUUUUAAUGACAUGAAGGUACACUACUGUAUCCAUUUGUUUUAACUUUAUAAAAGUUUUAUAGUCAAGAUAUAUUCAAAAAGCAAAAUGUACAUUUGCUUAAAGUGUUAAAGAAUAUAUAUAUAGGUACAAACUUCAGCUUAUUGUGUGUAACCAUUUGCUUUGUAUAGUCCACAAAUUUGUAUUGUUAAAUAUAAGCCAAAAGAUUUUUAUAUCAUUUUUCUUUUGCACGUUCUGUGAUUGUUUAUAUAUUUAAUUAAACAAAACCAGAAGAUCUUGACAGAAAGAUGUAUAAAAUUGUACAUCUCCAUUACAUUGUUUACAGCUUUUGAUUGUACUAAUGCAAUGUCUGAGAAUGACUCACUGUAUAGGUCCAUCAGUAAUUGUGGUCUUGAAGUUGGUCAAGUACUUUUGGAAGGGGUAGAUAGAAUGUCACGUCAGGAAUGUUCUUAAAUUUCAGGUGCUAAGUUUAUUAGUUUGACUUGUAUAUCUAACUUCAGACUAAUAAUAAGUUGUGGGUAUGGAUGGAACACAUUGCAAUAAGUAAUACUCUUUGCUUGACCCUUAAAAUCUGCACUGCGUUUGCAAGGGAAGUAAGUUGUAAGACUGAUUACUUUUAUUUGAAUAGUGUUAUGUACCUUGAUGCACCAUGCUACAGUAUAGAGGGGAUGAGUUCUAAGGCUGCUGUAAAACAAAAAAAAAAACUUGAAAUCCUUGCACAUGUGAUAUUCACUGUAAAGCUUUACAUCUUUCAGACUCUGUUAUUGAAAAGGCUAUUAAUUACAGCUGAGUAUAAAAGGGAAGAACUGUUCUUCAGUGAAGCUGUCCAUAGGUAUUCACCUUUUGUUGUUAGUUCAAGGUUUAGACUCUUCAAAGUUGUUACAAAGAGGACUUACAGGUUCUAGAAACACACACUGAAAUCUUCCAUGAAGACUCUACAAAAUAGUAGCAGUUCAAGUCAGAGACAAGUAGAGGACAAGAAAACAAACCAGAUCAACUAGAAAAAAUAAAAAGAUAAACUAGGGAAAAAAAGAAUUGUUCAAUAUGAUUAAAAUUGACUUGUUUAUUCCUUGUAUUUUUUAAUAUGAUCACAACCUUUGGUUAUACAAGUGCCUUUUAAUGUUACAUUGAACAGUUGUGAUUUUGAUGCUGGUAACAAUUUCUUUAGAUUGAUCUAGUUUCAGAUUUCCCUUCAGGACCCUCAUAAAUGUGUAAUUUACAAAAACUAUGUGUGACAUCUCUAUAGUACUUUUCUCUGAACAUUAAUCUGAAACAAACAAAAAAUGUUCAUUACUGUUUUGGUUUUAUCUUGUUAGAGAAAUAAUAAACAAAAAUCUU